AUGCCCCCAACCCGGCCGCCACCACCCUUCCCCAGCCCCGCCCCUACCGCGCUACCUGGCAUCGCACCCCCAGCAUUACCAGCUGACCCCCAUGGGGACCCGGACCCCCCGUCACCGCCCUCCCCCAUGCCCGCCCUCCACCACCGCCUAGCCGCCCCGCCCUGCGCCCACCCUUCUACCCCACGCCCCUAUACCCCACCCCGCGGUGCGCCCCCCGCUAGCCCACCGCAGGCCCACGACCCCCGUCCACACCGCACCUACCCCCGGCCACGCCAGCCGCCGCCUUUUCGCGCCUACUGCCGCUAA